CGAAGGUUUCAGUACGAGUUUUCAGUUACUUGCAAGUUAAAACUUGUACAUAUUCUUGGCACACGGAGACAUUAAUUAAUCUAUCUAUCCCUUCUACUCAUUGAUACGACGCAUUAGAAGAUGGACCAAAGAGAACUUAAUCUGGGCAUCUGCUAUAGGCUCUAUCAUUUCAUCAUGGAAACUUUGGCUUCACAAGCUAUGAAGACGGUAACUUUAGGAAGAUCUUCACAUUACGAUUCAAGCUCAACUAAGGUGAAGAUUACAACAAGAGGUUUUGGCGCUAAUGCAGACAAAGUAGUGCAGCCAGAGAUACCAUGUGUAGAGAAGAAUAUUCCAUGCAGGAACAGCAUUGAUGAGAAAGUGGUGGUGGUGGGAGAUUUACCUCAUGCUCCAAAGAAAAUGAAGCCUCUGCGAUCAAUCUUGAAAGUUGGUGCUAAUCUCAAUGACAAAUCAAACUGAAUAUGUUAGUUAAUUUCGUUUGUAAUAUUGAUGUUAUCAAACUAGUUUUUCUUUUAUUGUUUGUAUACGUGUAUACCUCGUUCUAUUUUUUUAAGUAUACUUAAAUGAGUGUACUCAUUCCUGGGUAAGCUAGUAGUUUUGUUCUACCAAACAAACACGCUUUAAUGAAUGAAUUCCUUAAAACGGUUAAAACAUUUUCAUAUAAGUAGUGCCCGAUGUAUCAUGAUCAUGUUGAAAUAUCAGAUUAUAUGUUGCUUAAUUUAA